AUGGACGAUCCAUCGGCGGCGUACACGGUAUUUCGCACGGCGAGCUUCUACGAUCGCAUGUUCUACACGUUUCAUCGCCAUGGGAUUCAGUCAAACAUUCUCGUCUCGGCGCGAUAUGUGUGUGGUGGCCGCCGACAGCUCUCCAAAUGCAUCGUAUACCAGGCGCUGGCUUCCGUCAUCAAAACGCACCCCGUCCUCCGAGUCAUUGGCAUACAACGUCCGUCGCCGCGACCAGGGAAACAUAGGCUCUUUAGAGCUGUCCUUCACAAUAUUGACCUAGAUGCCUGUGUCGAGUUUGUGGCCGACGACCGUGGCCAUGGCGUGACUUCCGCGACGCUCGAGAACGCCCACAACUCCUGGGACUGGACCGACGAUGAAGCACGAACUCCGUGGUGGAAGCUCAUUGUCGUCGGCGGAGAGCAUGUUGUCUUUGUCUACCACCACUUAGUUGGGGAUGGCAUUUCCGGUGUAACCUUUCAUCGUGAAUUCCUUGCCGCUCUCAACUCCGUUGUUUCAGCGACGACCGACUCAGGAACCGGGCCACCAGGGAACGUGGCGUACAGUCCAUCAACUACUCUUCACUUCCCGCCCGAAGCGACGGACAUCGCAACUGCCACGCCCUCCAUCUUGAGGUUGGUGUGGAACUAUCUCAUUUGGUGGCUGCUUCGACUCUUCCUCCGGAAAAGACUCCUCUUCGGGGAUCUCCCACCACCCCGUCCAUACUCCCAAUCUGUGGUCGCCGUCCCGAGCAGUGGAGACCGGACCAUUACACGGAUAGUGACAUGCAGAAUCCCAGCGGCCAAGGUCAGACGCAUCAUCUCAGCCUGCCGGGAGCACCAGACAACAUUUACGCCUCUUCUUGUCACAGUGUUCAAUGUCACCCUAUCGACGGACUUUUACCCCAACGCCCUGGUCGGUGCGUCCCGCGUUGCCAUUGACCUCCGGUCACAUCUUCCCCUACAAGAGGCUGGCGCUCUCGCACCGAGUGGGAUUAUCAUGAAUGCGGCUGCAGCCGCCGUUCAGCUACACUGGCUACCGAGCUAUAGACAAAACAGGGCAAAAGAUCACCAAGGCGGACUGUCUUCCAACCAUGAGACGAUAUGGCGCCUGGCACAAAACUACAAAAAGGGCAUGAGUUCCGGACUCAACGGAUGCAUCCGCGAUUGGAUUGCCUCCAAGCUGGUCGGGCCUGAUCUUGAGGACUUCACAGAGACGUCUUUACCCAUGAUAGGGCACAUGGUAGGCGACACGUACCUUGUGUCCAACUUGGGCUCCAUUGCCGGCCGGCAACAAGGUGUCCGGGCAGGGGAUGGUGAGCAGGGGUGGGCCAUUGACGAGAUGCAAUUCUCAGCCGCCGCAACGAACGGGCACGCGGGGUCGCGCAGCAUUACUCUCAACAUUGUCGGCGUCGCCGGCGGAGACACAUUGAUCAACGCUUCUUUCGAAGACGGCAUGAUGCGGAAAGAAGUGGUGGAUGCCAUCCUCGAUAGAACAAUGAUGAGAAUUGACCAGCUAUGCGAGGAAGGCGUCGCGAGAUGA